AUGGAGAAAAGGGAGAAUCUUUUCCACACUAGAUGGAAGGUAGGUGACUAUACAUGUAAUGUGAUAAUAGAUAGUGGUUCUUGCGCUAAUGUUAUUGCAUCUGAAGUUAUGUCGAAGCUACGCUUAGCCAAAAGGGUACACCCUAAGCCAUACAAGUUGAGUUGGAUAGAUUAUAACACUAGCAUGAGGGUGAAGAAAGAAGCUCUAAUUGCAUUCUCUAUAGGGGGUUAUAAGGAUGAAUUAUGGGGAGAUUUUGAUAGAAAGGUCAUCCAUGAGGGGGACUCUAAUGUCUAUUCUGUGUUGGUUGGUUCUAAGAGGGUACGAUUGCAUCCAUUAGCUCCUCAUUCAGUGGCGCCAAAACAAACACCUAAGACACCAAGUUACUUUCUAUCUUCAAGAGAGUUGGAACAAGAAGUGGAGGAAAAAGGUUGUGCUUAUGCCUUGGUUAUAAGACAUGUUGCCACAAGUGUCAAGACUUCUAGCAAUGAGAAGCUCGAAGCCUUGAUGAAGGAGUUUGAAGAUGUCUUUCCUGAGGAAUUACCACAAGGACUACCACCCGUGAGAGGCGUAAAACAUGCUAUUGAUCUUGUACCUGGCGCCCCUUUUCCUAACAAACCUGCUUAUAGAUGUGAUCCAGUGGCAUCUAGGGAAUUGCAACGCCAAAUUGAGCACCUAAUUGAGAAGGGCUAUGUAAGGGAGAGCAUAAGUCCAUGUGUUGUGCCAGCUUUACUAGUUCCUAGGAAGGAUGUACAUGGAGGAUGUGCAUCGAUAGUAGAGUAG